ACUGGCUCAGACCGAACUGACGAGAGACUUCGGGGGGGCAGUCGUUGCUGGUGACGCAGGAAAAACACCCAGCAGUAGACAAAAAACCCCAAAAAACAGGGACCUAAUCGGAGACAGUUCAUAUAUGUCGAGCAGGAGAUAUAUAUGUGACACAGCCAAGCUUUUUAGCGGUUCUUAAUUGACCAAGUCUGCGGUCGAGAGGAAGAAGGUCCAAUUUGAUUUUUGGUUAUGCAAUGUUCUCUGCAACACCCCCAGUCCUCCAGGUGGUGCUUUCACUUUCAGAUGUGUACCGGUUGUCCAUCAGUCCACAGGAGGCAGUAAUUUCUUCCCGUGCGCCAACAACAUAAGCAGACAAGAUUGCAAAGAUCUGCCCUCUGUCGACUAUGACUGCCACGACCCGUGGCUCCCCCGUGGGAGGGAAUGACAGCCAGGACCAGGGCCAAGCUCCGGACGGCCAGUCCCAGCCACCGCUGCCCCAAAACCAGACCUCGUCUCCCACCUCGUCCAAUGAGAACUCUCCGGUAAGCCCUCCAGAUGAGCAGGGCCAGGGGGACUGCCCACCCCAGCUGGAGGAGGAGGAGCCUGCUUUUCCCCACACAGACCUGGCCAAGCUGGAUGACAUGAUCAACAGACCCCGCUGGGUUGUUCCAGUUUUGCCAAAGGGUGAAUUAGAAGUUCUUCUUGAAGCUGCUAUAGAUCUUUGUAAAAAAGGACUUGAUGUCAAGUGUGAAGCCUGCCAGAGGUUCUUCCGUGAUGGUUUGACAAUAUCCUUCACGAAAAUCCUGACUGACGAGGCUGUGAGUGGCUGGAAAUUCGAGAUCCAUAGGUGCAUAAUCAAUAACACCCAUCGUCUGGUAGAGUUGUGUGUGGCCAAACUCUCUCAGGACUGGUUCCCUCUUCUCGAGCUCUUGGCUAUGGCCACCAACCCCCACUGUAAGUUUCAUAUUUACAAUGGUACACGGCCUUCAGAGACAGUGCCUGCUGCGGGGCAGCUUGCAGACGACGAGCUCUUUGCCCGCCCACCUGACCCUCGCUCUCCAAAGGGCUGGUUGGUGGAUUUAAUAAACAAGUUUGGCACAUUAAACGGGUUUCAAAUUCUGCAUGAUCGAUUCAUGAGCGGUCAAGCUCUGAAUGUUCAGAUCAUCGCUGCACUCAUAAAGCCUUUUGGGCAGUGCUACGAGUUUCUCACUUUGCACACGGUGAAGAAGUACUUCCUUCCUAUUAUAGAAAUGGUUCCCCAGUUUCUAGAAAAUCUCACAGAUGAGGAGUUAAAAAAAGAAGCCAAGAAUGAAGCCAAAAAUGAUGCUCUGUCUAUGAUAAUCAAAUCAUUAAAGAACCUGGCUUCACGAGUACCUGGCCAAGAGGAAACGGUGAAGAACAUGGAAAUUUUUAGGUUAAAAAUGAUUCUUAGGUUAUUACAAAUUUCUUCUUUUAAUGGCAAAAUGAAUGCACUAAAUGAAGUAAAUAAGGUGAUAUCGAGUGUCUCUUACUACACACACCGUCAUGGCAACCCAGAGGAGCCAGAGUGGCUCACAGCUGAGCGCAUGGCAGAGUGGAUUCAGCAGAACAACAUUCUGUCCAUUGUACUGCGGGACAGCCUUCAUCAGCCACAAUAUGUGGAGAAACUAGAGAAGAUCCUGCGCUUUGUCAUCAAGGAGAAGGCCCUUACACUUCAGGACCUGGACAACAUCUGGGCUGCCCAGGCUGGAAAGCAUGAAGCAAUUGUUAAGAACGUUCAUGAUCUCCUUGCAAAGUUGGCAUGGGACUUUUCACCUGAACAGUUGGACCAUCUCUUCGACUGUUUUAAAGAAAGUUGGACUAAUGCAAGUAAAAAACAACGGGAAAAGUUGCUGGAGCUGAUUCGCAGGCUGGCAGAGGACGAUAAGGAUGGCGUGAUGGCUCACAAGGUGCUCAAUCUGCUGUGGAACUUGGCCCACAGUGACGAUGUACCAGUGGACAUCAUGGAUCAGGCCCUCAGUGCUCAUAUCAAGAUCCUGGACUAUAGCUGCUCCCAGGACAGAGACACACAGAAAAUCCAGUGGAUAGAUCGCUUCAUUGAAGAGUUGCGAUCUAAUGAUAAAUGGGUAAUUCCUGCACUGAAGCAAAUUCGAGAGAUCUGCAGUCUGUUUGGAGAGGCUCCUCAAAAUCUCAGAAAGAAAAUACCUAUUAACUUAAAGGGCUUAGGUCAAACACAGAGGAGUCCACAUGUUUUUUAUCGGCAUGACCUUAUAAACCAACUACAGCACAAUCAUGCACUGGUCACUCUAGUGGCUGAGAACCUGUCAGCAUACAUGGAGAACAUGAGGCAGUUCUCCAAAGCAGAGCACACAGACUUCGACCCACAGACGGUCAGGCCUGGAAGCAGAUACAGUCACGUGCAGGAAGUUCAGGAACGUCUCAACUUUUUGAGGUUCCUGCUGAAGGAUGGGCAGCUGUGGCUGUGUGCUCCUCAGGCCAAGCAGAUCUGGAAGUGUCUGGCGGAGAAUGCCGUGUUCCUGUGUGAUCGGGAGGCCUGCUUCAAAUGGUACUCCAAGCUGAUGGGGGACGAGCCGGACCUUGACCCCGACAUCAACAAGGACUUCUUCGAGAACAACGUGCUGCAGUUGGACCCAUCGCUGCUGACGGAGAAUGGCAUGAAGUGCUUCGAGCGAUUCUUUAAGGCAGUCAACUGCAGGGAGGGCAAGCUGGUGGCCAAGCGGCGGGUGUACAUGAUGGACGACCUGGAGCUGAUUGGUCUGGAUUACCUGUGGAGGGUUGUGAUCCAAGGAAGUGAUGACAUUGCUAGUCGAGCGAUUGACUUGCUUAAAGAGAUUUACACAAACCUUGGACCAAAAUUACAAGCCAAUCAGGUAGAGAUCCAUGAGGAUUUUAUCCAGUCUUGCUUUGACCGGCUGAAAGCCUCCUACGACACGCUAUGUGUGCUGGAUGGGGAUAAAGACAGCAUUAACUGUGCCAGGCAGGAGGCCAUCCGCAUGGUGAGGGUUCUGACUGUGCUCAGGGAGUACAUCACCGAGUGUGACAGUGACUACCAUGAGGAGAGGACCAUCCUGCCCAUGUCCAGAGCAUUUCGGGGGAAGCACAUCACCCUGAUUGUGCGUUUCCCCAACCAAGGGCGACAGGUGGAUGACCUGGACAUCUGGUCCCACACCAACGACACGAUCGGCUCUGUUCGACGCUGUAUUCUCAAUCGAAUAAAAGCUAACAGUGCGCACACGAAGAUUGAGCUCUUUAUUGGCGGCGACAUAAUCGACCCUGCCGAUGACAGGAAGUUGAUUGGGCAGCUUAAUCUUAAAGACAAAACACUCAUUACAGCCAAGCUUACCCAGGUCAGCGCCAACAUGCCUUCAAGCCCAGACAGCUCCUCAGACUCUUCCACAGGCUCCCCAGGCAACCAUGGCAACCACUAUAGUGAUGGGCCAAACCCUGAAGUGGAAAGCUGUCUUCCUGGAGUGAUAAUGUCACUGCAUUUGCGCUACAUCUCUUUCUUGUGGCAAGUAGCAGAUCUGGGCUGUAACCUCAACAUGCCACUCCUGCGAGACGGCGCACGGGUCCUUAUGAAGCUCAUGCCUCCUGAUAACACUACCGUGGAAAACCUGCGAGCUAUCUGCCUGGAUCAUGCCAAGCUGGGAGAAACCAGCCUCAGCCCGACCCUCGACUCGCGCUUCUUUGGUCCUUCACCUUCCCAAGUGCUGUACUUGAUCGAGGUGGUCUACGCCUUGCUGAUGCCGGCUAGUGGCACACUGGGGGAGGAUGCCAGUGACUUCCAGUACAACUUCUUGAAGAGUGGUGGCCUGCCACUGGUCUUGAGCAUGCUCACCCGAAAUAAUUUCCUCCCAAAUGCUGACAUGGAGACGCGGCGUGGAGCCUAUCUGAACGCACUAAAAAUAGCCAAGCUUUUGCUGACCGCGGUGGGCUUUGGUCACGUGAAGUCUGUGGCAGAGGCCUGUCAGCCUGUAGCGGAAGGGUCCAUCCCUGUGUCCCCCAUAAACCAGGCCACUCAUGACCAGGCGCUGGUGCUCCAGAGUGCCCUGCAGAACAUCCCCAACCCCACAGCUGAGUGCAUGCUCCGCAACGUGGCCAUCCGCCUUGCCCAGCAGAUCUCUGAUGAGAGCUUUUUCCAGGCAUCUAAGUACAUCCCAGACAUCUGUGUCAUCAGAGCCGUCCAGAAGAUCGUCUGGGCCUCUGGCUGUGGGACUAUUCAGCUUGUCUUUAGUUCCAAUGAGGAGAUCAGCAAGAUCUACGAGAAGACUAAUGCAGGAAAUGAGCCAGAUGCAGAGGACGAGCAGGUGUGCUGUGAGGCUUUGGAGGUCAUGACCCUGUGUUUCGCCCUCACCCCCACUGCACUCGAUGCACUUAGCAAAGAGAAGGCCUGGCAGACGUUCAUCAUUGACCUGCUGCUGCACUGCCAGAGCAAGUCUGUUCGUCAAAUGGCCCAAGAACAGUUUUUUCUCAUGGCCACGAGGUGUUGUAUGGGACACAGGCCACUCCUGUUCUUCAUCACCCUCCUCUUCACAGUUUUAGGUAGCACUGCAAAAGAGCGAGCCAAGCACGCGGGGCAUUACUUCACCCUCUUGAGGCACUUGCUCAACUAUGCAUAUAACAGCAACAUCAACCUCCCCAAUGCAGAAGUUCUUCUCAACAAUGAGAUUGAUUGGUUGAAAAGAGUUAAGGACGAGGUAAAGAGAACUGGGGAAACCGGGAUGGAAGAAACCAUUUUGGAGGGCCAUAUUGGCGUCACAAAAGAGCUGCUGGCUUUCCAGACCCCAGAAAAGAAGUACUAUAUAGGUUGUGAGAAGGGAGGAGCCAACCUUAUCAAAGAGCUGAUAGAUGACUUUCUCUUCCCGGCCUCUAACGUGUACCUGCAGUACGUAAAGAGUGGGGAGUUCCCUCCUGAGCAGGCCAUACCUGUCUGCAGCAGCCCUGCCACCAUCACGGCCGGCUUUGAGCUCCUGGUCGCACUUGCUGUCGGAUGUGUGCGCAAUCUCAAACAGAUUGUUGACACACUAACUGACAUGUACUACUCAGGUUGCGAGGCACUUACAGAAUGGGAGUAUUUACCACCAGUGGGCCCAAGGCCCAAUAAGGGCUUUGUGGGACUGAAGAACGCAGGGGCCACCUGCUACAUGAACUCAGUGAUCCAGCAGCUGUACAUGAUCCCACCCAUCCGAAACGGCAUCCUUGCUAUCGAGGGCACGGGCAGCGACGUGGACGACGACAUGUCUGGGGAUGAGAAGCAAGAUAAUGAGAGCAAUGUAGACCCUCGGGAUGAGGUGUUCAGCUAUCACCAUCAGUUUGAUGACAAGCCAUCGCUUAAUAAGUCAGAGGACAGGAAGGAGUACAACAUCGGCGUUCUACGUCACCUUCAGGUGAUUUUUGGGCACCUUGCUUCUUCCAGACUGCAGUACUAUGUUCCGAGAGGCUUCUGGAAACAGUUCAGAUUAUGGGGUGAGCCGGUGAAUCUGAGAGAACAGCACGAUGCCCUGGAGUUCUUCAAUUCGCUUGUAGAUAGUUUAGAUGAGGCGUUGAAAGCUCUGGGCCAUCCUGCCAUGCUCAGCAAAGUUCUGGGAGGUUCCUUUGCUGACCAGAAAAUCUGUCAGGGGUGUCCUCACAGAUAUGAAUGUGAGGAAUCCUUCACAACACUGAAUGUAGAUAUCAGAAACCACCAGAAUCUACUCGACUCCAUGGAACAGUAUGUAAAGGGAGACUUGCUAGAGGGUGCUAAUGCCUAUCACUGUGAAAAAUGCAACAAGAAGGUGGACACAGUAAAGCGUUUGCUCAUUAAGAAACUGCCUCCAGUCCUGGCCAUCCAGUUGAAGCGAUUCGAUUACGACUGGGAGAGGGAGUGCGCCAUUAAGUUCAAUGACUACUUUGAAUUUCCCCGGGAGCUGGACAUGGAGCCCUAUACAGUAGCAGGUGUAGCCAAGCUGGAGGGCUCAGACGUUCACCCGGAGAAUCAGCAGGUGAUCCAGCAGAAUGAGCUGUCGGAGGUGGAGGUGUCCUGCAGCUCUCGCUACAGGCUGGUGGGGGUGCUGGUGCACUCGGGCCAGGCCAGCGGGGGUCACUACUACUCCUACAUCAUCCAGCGGAACGGCGGCAGCUCCAGCAGCGAGGGCGAGCGCAACCGCUGGUACAAGUUUGACGACGGCGACGUCACCGAGUGUAAGAUGGAUGACGAUGAGGAGAUGAAGAACCAGUGCUUCGGCGGCGAGUACAUGGGCGAGGUGUUUGACCACAUGAUGAAGCGCAUGUCGUACCGGCGGCAGAAGCGCUGGUGGAACGCCUACAUCCUGUUCUACGAGCGCAUGGACUCACCGGACAGGGACAAUGAGCUGGUGAAGUGCAUCUCAGAGCUGGCGGUGAGCAGCAAGCCGCACCAGGUCAAGAUGCCGUCGGCUAUCGAGUGCAGCGUGCGCAAGCAGAACGUGCAGUUCAUGCACAGCCGCAUGCAGUACAGCCUGGAGUACUUCCAGUUCAUCAAGAAGCUCCUGACCUGCAACAGCGUCUACCUGAGCCCACCGCCAGGCCAAGACCAUCUUUUGCCAGAAGCAGAAGAAAUGGCUAUGAUUAGCAUUCAGCUCGCUGCUCGCUUCCUCUUCAGCACUGGAUUCCACACCAAGAAAGUAGUCCGUGGUCCUGCUAGUGAUUGGUAUGAUGCCCUUUGCGUCCUGCUCCGACAUAGCAAGAAUGUACGCUGCUGGUUUGCACAAAAUGCCCUGUUUGCCUACGCAAACCGCUUCUCGGAGUACCUACUCGAGUGCCCCAGUGCUGAGGUCCGAGGUGCAUUCUCCAAACUCAUAGUAUUUAUUGCACAUUUCUCCUUGCAAGAUGGACCCUAUCCGUCACCAGUUGCCUCGCCAGGACCGUCCAGUCAGGGCUGUGAUAAUCUGAGCCUAAGUGACCACUUGUUCCGUGCUGUGCUCAACCUGUUACGGAGAGAGGUGUCUGAGCAUGGCCGCCACCUUCAGCAAUACUUCAACCUCUUCGUCAUGUAUGCUAACCUAGGCUUGGCUGAGAAGACGCAACUGUUGAAACUUGGCGUGCCAGCCACCUUCAUGCUAGUGGCUCUGGACGAGGGCCCAGGCCCACCCAUUAAGUACCAGUAUGCUGAGCUGGGGAAGUUGUAUACGGUAGUGUCUCAGUUAGUGCGCUGCUGCGAUGUCGCGUCCCGCAUGCAGUCUUCAAUCAACGGUAACCCUCCACUUUCGAACCCAUACGGCGAUCCCAGCCUGACCCAGUCCAUCAUGCCACUGCAGCAGUUGGUGGCUGAGAUCCUGUUUGUGCGCACCAGCUACGUGAAGAAGAUCAUCGAGGACUGCAGCAGCUCUGAGGAGACCAUCAAACUGCUACGCUUCUGCUGCUGGGAGAACCCCCAAUUCUCCUCCACCGUGCUCAGUGAGCUGCUGUGGCAGGUUGCAUAUUCCUACACAUAUGAGCUCAGGCCUUAUCUGGACCUGCUGCUGCAGAUCUUGCUCAUUGAGGACUCCUGGCAGACGCACAGGAUCCAUAAUGUACUGAAGGGAAUCCCAGAUGACCGUGAUGGAUUAUUUGACACCAUCCAGCGCUCUAAAAACCACUACCAGAAGAGGGCGUACCAGUGCAUCAAAUGCAUGGUGGCUCUGUUCAGUAAUUGUUCAGUGGCUUAUCAGAUUCUACAGAGUAACGGGGACCUAAAGAGGAAGUGGACGUGGGCCGUGGAAUGGCUCGGUGAUGAGCUGGAGCGCCGGCCCUACACCGGGAAUGCCCAGUACACCUACAACAACUGGUCACCUCCUGUCCAGAGUAAUGAGACCUCCAACGGAUACUUCCUUGAGCGUUCCCACAGUGCGCGCAUGACCUUGGCCAAGGCCUGUGAGCUGUGCCCGGAGGAGUGUCACUUAACGAAGCACGAGGUGGUGUCUGAAGAGGACGCAGGCCGGAAACCGUCCUCGCCACAGCAGCUUUUGCCAAGGGAAGUGGCAGGCGAGCAGCAGCACACUGAGCCAGAUGAUCAAGAGGCCCCUGAUGAUCAGGACUCUUCUCCACCUGAGGAUACCUCUCUGUACCCCCACUCUCCAGGGACCCAAUAUCAGCAGCAGAACAACCUCCCGCACGGUCAACCAUACACGGGUCCAGCGGCCCAGCACAUGAACAAUCCCCAGCGUGCAGGCCCACGAGCACAAGAGAACUGGGAGCCCCCUGAAGAGGUGCUUCCCGCCCAGCCGAAAGACUAGCACAGCGCUUUCAUCCUGUCCUCCACGCGAGCGCUCUGUCGAGCUGUUCGAUCGAAGAGCGAGGCCAGGCCCCACCAUGCAGCGUCACUCCAGAACCUGUGUCUCCAGAAACCUCCGCUCCCAUGUCCUUCUAAUCUUGGAGUGGAGUACUCACUGUCUGCCCUGCAGUAUUAACACCUGCCUGCAGUGGGCCGUGGUGGGUGUUCUAAUAAGCCAGGCCUGAAGCACUUGUCUCAUUUGACAGCGGUGUACAUAUUCUGUUGUUUUGACUGUCUCCAACCAGCAGUACAACAUGCUGUUUGGACACUUGCAGAUUUCUGAAAAAUUUAAUUCAAAACUACAAAAACACAGAGGAGAGAGAAGGAAAGAGAGGGAGGGAGGGAAAAAAAGUUUUAUCACCUGUCCACAGUUGUGAGGAUUGGUCUGCCUUUCGGUCAUGCCAUAUGCCAUUUUGGUCAUAUGGCUCUCGAUCAUUUUAUCCACGCCAUCUCUGACUUAAUCUAACCCCUCUCUGGCGCUAGAGACGGCUGCGGUGUAGGCAUGAGGGAGUGGUUGGGUGAUUGUGAUGCUAGGUUGAUGUGAAAAAUGGUUAUGCAACAUUUUGUUCUGGAAAUUUUCAUUGCCUUUCUUCUGUUCUGGUAUUAAUUCAGUCAUUCGAAAGCUCUAGUUGAUGUGCUGUAACAUUUUAGCAUGGCUUCACACCGGACUAGUGUAGCCAAAGGGAAAGCUCCGUGAUCAUAACAGCUGUAGCCUUUAAUCCAUAGCUCUUUUGACAUGACACUUCUUUUUUUUUUUUUUUUUUUUUUUUUUCCCCCCCUUCUCCAUUUCUCCACUGUCGUUUCUUGAAUCAAUGUAAGAAAUGGGUGGCUUCUCGAUUGCACAUGCGUAUCCUCAGACCUAACAUUUGGCACUCAGUUCUUGGUGGGAAUAAAUAGUUAGUUUUUGAUUUAUAGGAAUUUUAGAAAGAGAACGUAUAUGCAACAAUUUGCUAUGCCAGGAUGCCUGGAGCAUUAGUGGACUGUACUCAAUUUGCUUGUUUGUCUUUCCUUGGUUGAACCUUGCAUUAGACAAACUAAAAACGAUUGCCAUUGGCCACUAAAGUCGACAGACUACAGAUGCUGAAUGUUCACAUUUGAUUAUUCUACUUGAACACAGGCUGCAUCUGGGGACUCUUCAUUGGAGCAGAAUGGACUUAAAAAGCAGGCUUGUACCGUAAAAUAACUGCUGGUUAGUCAUGUGGCAACUUAAGCUAGGUAAAGUAAUAUUCUCUAGGAGUAAAGGUAAACAUCAGUAAAUACUGUAUUUAAUUGGUAACUUGAAUGCUUCUGUUCAUUUUUUUUGUCUAAAAAUACCAAAUACUCCUGCAAAUGAAACUAUUCUGCCCACCAUAUAUUUAAAUAUUUUGCUGUUUUAUUUUAUAGAAUUUAUUUUGUUGUAUUUCACUGAAAAGAAAAAAAUAGAAUUUGAUUUAAGAGGAACAUUUUUGUCCUUGUGUUAUUUUUAAAGAUAUUGACUGUACAGAGUUCUUCACCGUUUUUUUUUUUUUUUUUUGGUUUGUUUGUUUUUGGGGUUUUUUGCCGACUUGUUUUGGCCAUGGUGUGACGUUGAAUUCUGGAGCCACAGUCGCAAUGUUAACUUUCACUUUGUGAGGUUUUUUGUGCACAGAAAUAUUACAGACAGCAUUGCGCCCUUCAAGAAUAAAGAUAAACUGAAUCUUGAAAGUG